AUGCCUAACAAGCACUCGAUAUCGCCAUCGCGACACAUGCCGUUCUGGAAGAAUUUUGUCAAUAAUCCCAAGAGUGUCUCUUCUGAGAACCUGUCGACGCCAUCGCGGCCGGUGUACCAGCGGGGCCACUCCUACAACCACACUGCGCCGAAGACCGGCUCCCCGAUCAAGAACGAGGUUGGCGCUGCGGAGCGCCAGGACUUCAGGGACUACCGGGACCAGUUCCUGUCUGGACGCAACGGGUUCUCCGGGCGGGUGUUUGGUGUCUCGCUUGAGGAGUCUCUGUCUGUGGCCAGCGCUGAGGUGAUUGUGCAGAGCGAGCUGGUCAGCUUCGGGAGGAUACCCAUUGUUGUGGCGAAGUGCGGUGCGUACCUGAAGUCGAACGGGCUGAGUACCUCAGGUGUGUUUAGAAUCGCGGGCAACAGCAAGCGUAUAAAAGAGCUGCAAUACAUCUUUUCCACCCCGCCGGACUACGGUGCCAAGUUCAGCAACUGGGAGCCCUACACGGUGCACGACGUGGCAUCACUGCUGAGACGCUACUUGAACAACCUCGAGGAACCACUGAUACCGCUCGCUCUGUAUGAAAAAUUCAGAGCUCCGCUGAUGAACAGGCCCCGCAUAUUGAAGUACAUGCUCAACAAUGAGGUCAGCCACCCUAACGCCAACAAGGAGAACACCCUAACCAUGAAGCUCACGGAAUCCACAAAACAAGACACAGACGAUAGGGCCAACGACGGCGAUAACGAGAACGAGGACGAGCAACACAUCACCGAAGAAGAGGCCAAGCGGAAGCAACUGCGGAGAAAGAAGAAACUGUCUAGGUGUAUCAGGGCCGCGAUCAAGGAGUACGAAGAGCUGUUCACUGAUUUAUUGAGUGAUAGCAAACAACUGACCAUAUACCUUCUGGAUCUGCUGAGUCUGUUUGCCAGACAAUCCCAACUGAAUCUGAUGUCAGGCUCCAAUUUGGCCGCCAUUUUUCAGCCAUCGAUUUUGUCGCACCCACAACACGACCUAGACCCCAAAGAAUACGAACUAUCCCGACUUGUGGUCGAGUUUCUGAUAGAAUAUACAUACAAACUACUUCCACACCUGCUGAAGAGCACUAAAGAUGACCAACAGAAAAAAAUAAGUGAAAGUGUCCAUCAAAAGAGCACAACGGAAUCCACCACUAACAGAGAUAAGACCAGUUCACCGUUGCCUAAUAUACAGAUACAAACCGAGACUACCACAAUAAAGGGCACACCCGAUAAUAGCAAGACGACUUCUACAGCAACUUCACAGCAAAAUAACAUACAUUCUAAACCCGAGGCGAAGAGCCCAGCUCUACAGGUACCAAAAUAUCAACGACCACACUCGAGAUCCAUCGGCUCUGCACCAAUGGUCCCUGAUGUUAUUGCUAGUAACAAAAGGCGUUCUAGAUUAUUUCCUUGGCUACACAAACCGGGCAUUCUAAGUGAUACGGGUGAUACAGCUACGGAUGGCGAAGGUGACGACCUUUUGAAUGAUGAUGAAAAUGUAGAUCCCCAUCUAUCAUCUCCAGUACACUCAUCAAAUCAUAGACAACACCUCCUUUCAAUUCCAAAAGUUCAAAGAUCAGUUAGUGGUAGAAGUAUCACAUCAAAUUCAUCUGGUAGACCAUUAUCACUUAUAUUAAACCGCUCUGAAGAUAACCUGCCGAAAAAUGGUAGCUCCUCUACAGAGAAGUUUGAAAGACCUCGUUCCCCAAUUGCAUAUUCCCAAGAGUCUAUAGAGAGCAAAGCUAAGAAGAGAGAGUCAUGGUUUGCAAGAUUAACCAGCCGUAAUUGA